AUUCGUAAAUGUUUCGAAGCCUCAUGAAGCAGUGCUUCGAAAACGACCAUUCACUAGCGUGAACGCAAUCUAGAAACGAAAGUGAAAGAAUCAAAAGAGAAGCCCUCCCACGACUUUAAACCUAAACACAAAGUAUUUAAAUUUACGGUGUGUUGUGUGGUAAGUUUAGAAGGAACGUUAAGUGAAGCUCUUUACACUGGAAUUUAAACCGGAUCCGUUCGACGUACAGUUUAAGUAAUUUAAGGGCUUGACUCCGUAAAGAGAGAUCAAAUCCACCCCUCUACAAUGAGUCACUAUGAGGAGAAAGAAGAGGAUGAUGAUGAUGAUGAUCAUAGCCAGAUACCCAAAGAACCCAGCUGUGUGUCUAUAAGGAGGAAUCAGUCCAUAAUAGAUCGUCCCUCUGUAUUCAGUGAUGGGGCGGUGACCUCUCACCCCAGCAUUGGGUUGAAGGGACCCAGAGCAUCAACUCCAGAACCCAGCUGUGUGUCAAUGAAGAGUCGUCAGUCCAUGCUGGAACCCAUAGAAUUAAAAAAAGGAGCACCUCUGAUGACCUCUAAAACACUGAUCCCUGACUCUAGGUUGAAGAGACCUAGAACAGCAUCUCCAGAAGCCAGCUGGAUGUCAGUGAACAGUGAUCACUCAAUGUGGCAAUCACCUGACCUUCGCAGUGAAGAGAUGCAGUCCAGUUUGAUCUACACUGAUUCCUCCUGUCAGUCUCACAUCAGACAUCACAAGAAUGGAUCAGACCUACAGACACAAACACUGCUGGAGGAUACUGAAGACCUUCAUCAGGAUUCUGAUCAACCAGUAGAUAAUGUUCUGCAGAGAGUCAAAGACCAACACAAAACCAUCAUGAAGAACAAGUUUGAGAGUUUAUUUGAGGGAAUCAAACUCCAAGAGAAUCAAACCCUCGUGAAGAGGAUUUACACACAACUGUACCUCAUAGAAGGAGAGAGUGAAGGAGUGAAUGAAGAACAUGAGGUUUUACACAUGGAGAAAAACACCAGAACACAACACUUACAAGACACAACAAUCUACUGCAUUGACAUCUUUAAACCCCUACCUGAACCAAAAUAUAAAACAAAGAAAAGAAGAAGAAAAGACAAAAUCAAGAGCGUGCUUACUAAAGGCAUCGCUGGAAUUGGAAAAACCGUCUCCGUGCAGAAGUUCAUUCUGGAUUGGGCCGAGGGAACAGCCAAUCAGGAUGUAGAUUUCAUGUUUGUGUUUCCAUUUCGAGAGCUGAACUUGAUUCAAGAUGAUCAGUACAGUCUUCACAAACUUCUGCUUGACUUUCAUCCUGAACUUCAAGAUCUGGACUCAAAGAUUUAUGAUGAGUGUAAAGUUGUGUUCAUCUUUGAUGGUCUGGAUGAAAACAGAAUGACACUGAUGUUUUCAGACGCUGAGAAAGUUUCUGAGGUGACUGAGACUUCAUCAGUGCCUCUGUUGAUAGCAAACCUCAUCAAAGGAGAUCUGCUUCCUUCUGCUCUCAUCUGGAUCACCUCCAGACCAGCAGCAGCCAAUCAGAUCCCUUCUAAAUACAUCAACCGUCUGACAGAAAUCCAGGGAUUCAAUGAUGAUCAGAAGGAGAAAUAUUUCAGGAAGAGAAUCAGUGAUGAACAUCAAGCCAGCAGAAUCAUCUCACACGUCAGAAGAUCAAGAAGUCUCCACAUCAUGUGUCACAUACCAGUCUUCUGUUGGAUCUCAUCCACUGUGCUUCAAAACAUCCUGAAACAAGACAAUGAGAGAGCAGAAAUCCCUAAAACUCUGACUGAAAUGUACAUCCACUUCCUGCUGAUUCAGAUGAAUAUGAAGAAUGAGAAGUAUGAUGAGAGAGAUCCAGAGAAACUCCUGCAGUCCAACAGAGAAGUGAUUGUCAAACUGUCUGAACUGGCUUUCAAACAGCUGAUGAAGGGUAAUGUGAUGUUUUAUGAGGAGGAGCUGAAAGAGUCUGGCAUAGACAUCACUGACGCCUCAGUGUAUUCUGGGAUUUGUACUGAGAUCUUUAAGGAGGAAUCUGUGAUGCAUCAGAAGAAAAUCUACUGCUUCAUACAUCUCAGCUUUCAGGAGUUUCUGGCUGCUCUUUAUGCAUUUUACUGGUAUGUAAGCAAAAAAGUUGACACCCUAAAGUUUCUUGAUUUAGUUUAUAGCUUUCUAAAAAAUGCAGUGGAUAAAGCUCUUGAAAGUGAAACUGGACAUCUGGAUCUUUUCCUGCGAUUUCUGCUGGGCAUCUCACUGGAGUCCAAUCAGAGACUCUUACAGGAUCUACUGACACACAUGGUGGACACCUCAGUAACCAUCAAGAAGAUCAUAACACACAUUAAAACCAAAAUCAAAAGCAUAAAAAAUACUGAACGACUCUCUGCAGAAAGAUCCAUCAAUCUGUUUCUGUGUCUUCUUGAAGUGAAUGAUCAGACUCUGUACAGAAAGAUUGAGGAGUUUGUGAGAUCAGACAAACACUCAGAGAAGAAACUCUCUGCUGCUCACUGUUCAGCAAUAGCCUACAUGCUUCAGAUGUCAGAGGAGGUGCUGGAUGAGCUGAAUCUGAAGAAAUACAACACAACAGAGGAGGGGAGAAGAAGACUCAUACCAGCUGUCAGCAACUGCACAAGAGCUAUAUUUGCUGACUGUUAUCUUACGGUUGAUUCCUGUAAAACGUUGUCUUUAUGUCUCCAAUCCUCAAACUCCUCUGUGAGAGAUCUGGAUGUGAGUAACAAUGACCUGCAGGAUUCAGGAGUGAAGCUCAUCUCUGAUGCUCUCAAGAGUCCAGACUGUAAACUACACACACUGAGAUUAUCAGGUUGUAUGGUGACAGAUGAAGGUUGUUGUUAUUUGGCUUCAGCUCUGAGUUCAAACCCAUCAUCACACCUGAGAGAGCUGGAUCUGAGCUACAAUCACCCACAACACUCAGGACGCCAGAUGCUCUCUCAGAUACUCAAUGAUACGAACUGCGCACUCAACAAACUCAUGUUGGAUUAUGGAGGAGAGAGCAGACUUUUACCAGGACUGAAAAAAUACUCCUGUUAUCUCACUCUGGAUUCAAACACAGCAGAUUGUCGUCUCGCUCUGUCUCAGGGUAACCGAAUGGUGAUGCGUGUGAAAGAGAGACAGUCGUAUCCGGAUCAUCCAGACAGAUUUGAUUACUAUGGUAACGUUCUGUGUAAAGAGGCUCUGACUGAACGCUGUUACUGGGAAGCUGAAUGGAACGGGGUGAAUGAUUUAUGUGUGGUAUAUAAAGGGUUAAAGAGGAAGGGUGACAGUAGUGAGUGUUAUUUUGGAUUCAAUGAAAAUUCCUGGACUCUUUACUGCACAAAUCGCAAUUACUCUGCAAUACAUAAUAAAAAAAGCACAGACAUACCUGCACCUUUCCCAUCUAACAGAGUAGGAGUUUAUCUGGACUGGUCAGCCGGUACUCUCUCCUACUACAGCAUCUCUGAUACACAAACACUCACACACUUACACACAUUCAACACAACAUUUACUGAACCUCUGUAUGCUGGAUUUGGGGUUUAUCCCGGAUCCUCUGUGUGUUUAUGUUAAACAGGGCCUACAUCUUAAAACUGAUUCAGAAAUCAAUACAGAAAGGAAUUUUAAAGAUUUCCAGUGGAAGUGUUUACCAAGGAAUAUUGAUUUUGUAAAAAAAGGAACAUAACUAUUUGAAUGCUUGAAACCUGGGACCUUAUGUUUACAAUGUGUACCUUUUGGGGCAGUUGUAGCCUAGUGGUUAGAGUGUUGGGCUUGUAACCCAAGUGUUGCCGGUUCGAGGCUCACGACCGGCGGGUUGCGACUGUGGUGCCCUUGAGCAAGGCACCUUAACCCUAAUUGCUCCCCGGGCGCUGCAGGGAUAGCUGCCCACUGCUCCGGGUGUUUGUGUGUUCAUGACUUGCAGUGCGUGUGUUCACUAUUCACUGGAUGGGUUAAAUGCAGGGGUCACAUUCCAAGUAUGGGUUACCAUACAUUGGCAAAUACUCACUUCACUUUCACUUUUUUCACACAAUAAUCUACAAGAGUGUGGCAGUGGGGUACAACACACAUAUUUGUAAUAGGUGUAUAAGUGUUAUUUGUUUGAUAAAAAAUUAUUUGAAACGAUACAGUACCUGAUAAUAAAACAAAAACUGCAUUUUUCUCCCUCUAGCUAAACCUGGGAAAGGUAUAACAAAACCUAGUAGCUAUAGACCCAUCGCUCUUAUCUCUUCAAUAUGUAAAGUAAUGGAAAAAAUGAUUGUAAGGUGAUUGAAUUACCUUUUACAUUUGGUUUCAGGAAAAGUAGG